CUGUGACACAUCCGGGCCAUAAGUCGGCUGUGGUGUCGAAGGCGCUCCAGCUCCCGGUCCUUAUCUUUGAUGGAGGACAUCAACUUUUGCAUUUCCUCUUCAGAUUGUGCUAACCGUUUCUGAAGUUCAGCAAUUGCUCUAUAAAUAUGAGAGCAAAAAACAAACAACCAAUAUCUUGGGGAGUGAGGUACGUCAAUGAAGGUGGAUAUCCUUCAGCAGAGGGCUGGGCCGUCCUUUUCGUGUGCAAUGACGCAGGAGGAUGCUGAAGUUACUAAGGAUACAAGAUAUAAUCAACAUCUCAUCACUGGCUACAUUAAUGAGCUGCAACUGCUGAGGGUGACGCUGUGUAUCCAACCUGCUCCCGGCUCAGAUAUUAGGAGGGUGAGUGAGCAGAGGCCCCUACCAACCACAGGUUUACCAGUCUUAUCCAACACUGCGUUGUAUUUUCCUAAAAACAAUAUGGCUGCUAUAACUCAACUUGAACGAGAUAUGAUGUCUAAAGCUCAGCGCCAGAUUCCCAAGUGCCAGGAUCCAAUAGAGAAGUUGAGGCUGCAGUGUCUGGCAAGAGGAGCGUCCGGAAUUAAAGGUCUUGGAAGAGCUUUUCGCAUCAUGGACGAUAAUUACAGCAACUGUUUAGAUUUAGAAGAAUUCACCAAAGGACUGCAAAACUAUGGUCUCUCCCUACAGCCGGAAGAAGUACAGGACAUUUUUGAGCAAUUUGACAAAAAUCAGGAUGGGACCAUCAACUUUGAUGAAUUCUUGAACUCUGUCAGGCCUCCAAUGUCCAAUGCUCGCAGACAGGUCAUACUAGAGGCUUUUCAUAAAAUGGAUAAGACAGGUAAUGGAGUAAUUACUGUUGAAGACCUGAAAGGCGUCUAUAAUCCAAAAUGUCACCAGAAGUAUCAGAAUGGAGAGUGGAAUGAGAGACAAGUGUUCCAACAUUUCUUGGAGAACUUUGAUUCACCCAAUAACAAGGAUGGACAGGUGACAGAAGAAGAAUUCCUGAAUUACUACAGUGGUGUCAGUGCCUCCAUAGACAGUGACGCAUACUUUGUGGUGAUGAUGAAGAACAACUGGAAAAUUUAACAUUAUAUUUGUUUCCUACUUUUCCAUUAAAAUAAGUGACCUGACCUCAUACUUACACACCAUAUAACCUUAACAAAAUCAUUCCUAGCAAAAGUGAUUAAGGCUAGUUUUACACUAGCCUUAGCUCCGGCGGUAGCACGGCAAACAUGCCGAGAGGCGGCCGGAAUAAAACUACGACAUGUCGUAGUUUUAUUCUGGCCGCCUCUCGGGCGGACAUGUCGUCGUUUUAUUCCAGCUGCCUCUCGAAAUGUUUGCCGUGCUGCCGCCGGACCUCCGGCCCGUCCCCAUUAUAGUCAAUAACGUCAGCACGGAUCCGGCAGGCUGGUCACCCGCCGGAACAGCCUGCCGCUAGUGUGAAACUAGCCUAAAUUAUCCCAUUAUUUAGAGGCAAUGUACAGAGAACCCUAUUUCCUAAUUUAUAUUAAAGGCAAUUUUGUGGAUGUUCUUGUCAUGUAUAACAUAUUCUACGUGUAACAUACAGUAUGCGUGCUUAGCAUUACUUUGUGCUGCAUCAUGAGUGAGUUUCCAUGAUGGUGUGUGAUGUAUAUCACCAAGAUAUGUUAUCACUUGCAUCUUAUUGACGGCUUACCCCACAAAAUUUAGAACCAAGUGCGUGCAGUUUCUUCUUAGAAAUUACCAGCAAAGCAAUGCUUCUGACCACCCAAUGUGCAGGCCACUACUUUGUCCUCUGUUUCUUGUGAGUGGCGGGCCAGGUUCUUAAAGGGUAGACCCCCCCACCAAGCAUGUUAUGGCAUUUCCUAGGGAAAGAUUAAAAAGAUGUCUCACUGGUUAGUACUGGUGCCUUGCGGCGCUGGGGUCCUCUUAGGUUAAAGUCUGACCAAGGACAACAUCUGCAUGGAGUUUCUAUGUUCUCCCCGUGUUUGUGUGGGUUUCCUCUGGGUGCUCUGGUUUCCUCCCACACUUCAAAGCUAUACUGCUGGGGAACUUAGAUUGUGAGCUCCAUAUAGGAAAGUGUGAUAAUGAUGAUGUCUGUAAAAAUAUUCGAAAUAUGUCAGAGCUGUAUAGGUCAGUAAAAUAAAUAUAUGGGAAUACCCCUUUAAUGCUCUUUUUGUGUU